UUUUGACCAUUGUAUUUUCAUGGCCGGUAUCUACUGCUAUAAUGAAAGUAAAAUUAAUAGAAUAUGCGCGUUCCAAACUAAUUGCAUUGUUUUCGAGUCACGUUUUAAUCACAUCUCCGCAAUUUACCAGUGUAUAGCGACCCCCGAUAGUUUAGGGGAUUCUACAGGCGGCAUAUUACCGUUGCAGAUCAAGUUAUUUGGUCGCUAUUACACAUGAUGAAUUCAAUGAUUGAAGUUGACAUCGUUUGUGGCGUAAUUGGAAUAAUUAAGCAGGAAUCAAGCAGAGUGUAACACUGAAAUGGAAAUUGGUUUAUAGUUAUACCUCCUAUCACGUCAGUAGGUGAGAUAGCGUAUGUCGCCGGCCAGAUGAUUAAUACCGCCUCCGUGGAGGAAUUUGUCGGUAGUUAUUUACACAUCGCUGGAUAUGAUACAAUGAGUUUCGGAAAAUUGAUAACAAUUUGGUACAAGAGGCACACGUUCAGACAUCUGGUAGUAGAGCUGGCAGAAAUAUGGCCAGUCUCUAUCAGAUACAGGGACGGAGUCGAGAUAAAACGAAACAGUCUCUCAACACUUAAGCAUAGACAGUUCUUGUAUGCCUUUUGGAAUAUCUUGGGUGUGUGGUUGUAUAAUUUGACACCGAUUGCCGUGCUCCUGUACCGUAAACUGCGUGGUAUGUCUGCGGCUCUUGGCUACGUGUGGCAGAUGGCGUAUCCCUUUGAUAAAACCAAGCCCGCAGUCCACGGCAUCGUGUAUAUCUUUGAAACAUGCGCUGGUUGUAUAUCAGUGUGCUGUAUGCUCGGUUCGGACUUAUUAUUCAUGACGAUGGCUAGUCACAUCAGUAUGCUGCUCCGUCUACUACAGAAUCAAAUUCGUCGGCUCGGUACAGUGGAAAGUAAAGACCCUUUUGACACAAGGUGCAAUGAUUGCUAUAAGGAUAUUGUUGAAGUCGUUAAAAUACAUCAACGACUUAUCAGGUACAUCAAAGAUUUGGAGGAUGCUUUUUCGGUAGUAAAUCUAAUCAACGUAUUGUUAAGUUCCGUUAACAUUUGCUGCGUUAUGUUCACUAUUGUGUUUUUAGAUUCGUGGAUGGAAAUGAGUAACAAGUUCUAUCUUGGAGCUGCUUUGACGCAAAUAUUCAUUGUAUGCUGGUACGCCGAUGAUAUAUAUAGAGCUAGCGUAGGUGUAGCAGACGCGGUGUAUGAGAGCGGGUGGUACAAAAGCAACACGAGAUGCAGGCGCGCGAUGCUCGUCGUACUUCAACGGUCACAGAGGCCUUUGUACUUCACAGCUCUCAAAUUUCGCGCUAUCACAAUGAUUACAUAUAGUUCAAUCCUUACAACAGCGUAUUCAUACUUCACGCUGUUGUACACAUCAUAUCGUCGUGAUUAAAUGUUUAUCGUCGGUUUCAAUUUAGUAUUUCAUUGUUUGACAGAACCCUGUAAAAUUGAUUUUAUCUGAAAUUGUUUUUUUGUGGACGUAAUUGCUGAUUUUUAUAAAUAAGAUUACAAUGGGAUGCGGUGUACUUCUACAUGGAGGGUUUAUUUUGAAAUAAUUAAUUAUUUAAUAGUCCGUAAAUAACAUUUAUUUAGAUUAAAAAUAAUGUAAA